CUUUCUCAAAAUACCAUUGCAGUGUCUGCUUCGACCAUGUACAGUUUAACAGCUCUACGCUUCUACCUGUGGGAGACAGUUGUAUUUUUCAGCCUGGCAGCGUCUAAGGAAGUGGAGGCCGCAAGAGCCACAGACAAACUCACGUCACCUUCCGACUUCCUGGACAAGCUGAUGGGCAGGACUUCGGGAUACGAUGCCAGAAUCAGACCGAAUUUUAAAGGCCCUCCAGUCAAUGUUACGUGCAACAUAUUUAUUAACAGCUUUGGCUCAAUAGCAGAAACCACCAUGGAUUAUCGAGUCAACAUCUUCCUGCGUCAGCAGUGGAACGACCCCCGCCUGGCGUACAGCGAGUUCCCCGACAACUCGCUGGAUCUGGACCCCUCCAUGUUGGAUUCCAUUUGGAAGCCGGAUUUGUUCUUCGCCAACGAGAAGGGAGCUCACUUCCACGAGAUCACCACCGACAACAAGUUACUGCGCAUCUUCAAAAAUGGUAACGUCCUCUACAGCAUCAGGAUCACCCUGGUCUUAGCCUGCCCCAUGGAUCUCAAGAAUUUCCCAAUGGACGUGCAAACAUGUAUAAUGCAGCUGGAAAGCUUCGGAUACACCAUGAACGACCUGAUUUUCGAAUGGGAUGAGCUGGCUGCUGUGCAGAUCUCGGAGGGGUUAACUUUGCCACAGUUUAUUCUCAAAGAGGAAAAGGAUUUGAGAUACUGCACAAAGCACUACAAUACAGGAAAAUUUACCUGCAUAGAAGCACGUUUCCACCUGGAGAGACAGAUGGGAUACUAUUUGAUCCAGAUGUACAUCCCUAGUCUCCUUAUCGUCAUCCUUUCCUGGGUCUCCUUUUGGAUUAACAUGGACGCAGCCCCGGCUCGUGUUGGUCUGGGGAUCACCACAGUGCUUACCAUGACCACUCAGAGCUCAGGCUCCCGAGCUUCCCUACCAAAGGUAUCCUAUGUGAAAGCCAUUGACAUCUGGAUGGCCGUCUGCUUACUCUUUGUCUUCUCCGCGCUGUUGGAAUACGCAGCUGUCAACUUUGUAUCCCGCCAGCAUAAAGAACUGCUGAGGUUACGACGUCGAAGACGUCUGCACAAGGAGGACGAGGUGGCAGAAGGUCAUUUCAGCUUCACCGCCUACGGGAUGGGACCUGCCUGCCUCCAAGCCAAGGACGGGGUCGCAGUCAAGGGCAACAACAACACGUCCAAAUCCUCUCAGGCCCCGGCCAAAACGACGGAGGAGAUGAGGAAGCUCUUCAUCCAACGGGCGAAGAAGAUCGACACAGUGUCACGCGUGGCUUUCCCUCUUGUCUUCCUGAUUUUUAAUAUUUUCUACUGGGUGAUCUACAAGAUCGUGAGGAGCGAAGAUAUCCACAAAGACUAACUCCGAACAGAGAGAGAGAGAGAGAGAGAGAGAGAGAGAGAGAGCGAGAAAGAGAGAGGGAGGAAGUGAGAGGGAGAGCAAAGCAUUCCGCGCUGCCAGAGAAAGAAUACGGUCACCUGGUCACUUGAGCAAUGCAGUUAAGCAUGAUUAUAAUGGAACCAUGGCAAUAUACGAAACAAGAAUGAAUUUCUAUAUACGUCCAGACUGAAGGGAUUCAUCUUCGAAACCAUCACCGCAAACGCAUCACUGAUUUCGAGAGGAGAAGAUGCAGUCAAUCAGUCAGUGAAAACAAAAAUCUUUCAUAUAAGUAACUAUAUUAUAUAUAUAUAUAUUAUAUAUAUAUCAGCUUCAUCAGACUCCUCCAUGCAACCAUCGGAUUGCUGCAUAAAAUCAGAGAGAGAGAAAAAAAAUGGAAUGACUUAUAUUAAUAUACUAAACCUCAUGUGCUU